UGGUGGUUUUUUGUUUGUGUUUUUUGUUUUUGUUUGUUUGUUUUUGUCAGAGACUGUUGAUCAUUGAAAAUGGAAGAAACAAGGAAGCUUUCCCCAAAGCUGAGUAAAAGCAAAGAGCCUGUGAAAACAGAAUGGGAAUCUCAGAGCGUGGUGUUCACAUAUUUCCAAGGGGACAUUAACAGCAUGGUAGAUGAACAUUUUUCUAGAGCUCUCAGCAAUGCCAAGAACCCCCAAGACCUGAGCACAAAGCACAAGAGUGAGACUGUUGUCCUGAAAAACGUAGACAGCAUGUCUCCCCAUCAAUGGAAUUUCUCUUCGCAUUGCUACAAACCAUAUCCAUCACCUUCUUCAACAAGCAUGGCAAAUUCUGCUCUGAAUUUUUCUGCUGCUGGUGUGGUAGGCCAGUGCCAGCCAUCAUCUCUGCGGAGUUGUCCAGGUCAACCUGCAGACUUAUGGCCCUUCCCUCCAGCUGGGACUCCCAGUGUCACCAGUUCAAUGUAUCCUCACACCCUCCCUGACCUGCAUAUAGCCGAUGAGCUGAUCUCUGACAGGAAAUACAGUUCUCUCCUUGGCCUUCUGCAACAGGAAAGGUGCUUAACAUCCAUGCAAGAAUGCACCAUGAAGCAACACUCAAGUUCUGCUUGUAUGACUGGACCUGCGAGAUUACAAAAUAUGAGUCAAAGUUCACCUCCUGGGGGAGGCAUUCAAAUUCAUGACAGAAGACAAGAUUUGUACUUCUAGCAACUGAAUGUUUCUACUUUUUUCUGAAAGAGAAAGUUAUUUCGGUGAACUUUUACUAUUUGCAACUGUGAAUCAAGAAGAAAUGAACUGCAGCUGUCCUGCGCAUUUUCUCUCAGCUGGAAGAAUACAUGUACCAUUUGCUGUUUGGGGAAUGACAAAAUAAUCCUUUUCUAUACAGUAAACAAUUUCUAAUGUUUGUGG